CUGAUACCAAUGAGCAAAUAAUGUCUCAUGAAUCCAUUCACAAGGAGGGUGGCAUAACAACCCAGAGAGGACAGCACAAUAUGACCACACACAUUCCCCAUUCGUCACAUGCAUUCCCAUCGUCGAUCUCACACGCAUGCAGAAAGCUCAUGAGGUGAAUGAGGAUUUUUGGGGAUGUAUGCGUGUGAGAUGGAUGGGAAAUGCGGUGGUGGCGCCCCAUUUCCUUUCGUCCCUGUAACGAGGUGAAAAGAAAGGGCCAUCUACGCCCCCUAACCCUCUCACGCACGUGAAACGACCUUUUGCACACGGAAGAACCACAGCUGCCUUCAUUGGUCAAACAAUACAACACAACACAUAACGCACCCAUUGUUCGUCCAUCCAUCCAUCCAUCCAUGUACACGCGCAUCAUCUGAUCAGCGGCCAGUCCUCCCCCUGUGUCAGCCGCCGCAGUCCAUCAUUGGACAGGCCACAUGUGUUGCUCCCUCGCCGAGGUAUCUGCCUGGCCCGCUCCACUCUCGUCACUUUGUAGCCAGCAUCCCGCAGCAAAUCUAACACGCUAUCCGACUCGGCCAGGAAGUGACCCUGACAGGCAGAAGAAAGGAAAGCACACGUGUCUGUGACUCUGUGACUUGUGUGCGCCUGUUUUCUGACAUACCACGCCGAAGGCAAAGACGAAGAGGGGACGGCAGGGUGAGUCGGCUUUGGUGGGGUCGUCGCUCCUGGCGUGUUGCAAGAUGUGCCGCAUCCGCCUUAUCCAAAGCUGGUUCCUCUCCGCAAGCAAUUUCUUCUUGAACAGGGUACCCACUUCUCCCUGGCUGCCCUCCAGCGCCUCCAACUCGGCGACGAGACCCUCAUCGAAAUAGUCUGUGUAAACUGAUUCUCCGCUGGAUGGCAGCCGCCGCACCAAAUCGAUCUCUGUCACGUCCAUGCCUUCGUCCGACACCAGCUUGCCGAGGAGCUGCUCGUCGCCGCUCUUCCACGCAUGGACCAGGGGCGAGUUUGGCGAGGCCAUCAUGGGCGGCGGCUUGUCCUCCCAGUGCUUCGUAUAGACUUCGAGCAUCGUCAGUGUCGCGUUCAGAAAGUGCAUCUGCUCGGCAAAGGAGAUGUCUGUGUCGUUGAACACCAGAUCCAUGACCUCCGACACCGUCUCAAUCCCUCCCACACCCACACCCUCAGACUGUCUGCCGAGCGACGCCACGUACCCAUCGACCGUAAGACCCCCCGAGGCCAUGAGCUCUUCCGAAAAGUCUUCAAAUUCCAGCAGCAAUGACAGAGAUGCGGUGGCAAAAAGGGGAGGCAUCAUCUCAACGGUCAUCGCCCAAUGCACCGGCAGCGCCAUCAUCGAGAAGGGCGAGCUGAAACGCUGGAGAUAGCCAUAGAAGGCGUUGAGCUUCUCCUGCACGUCGGGGUACUCCUUCAAGUGGUGCUUGAGCGUGUUGUUGAGCGGCACCGACGGCAGCUCCUUGUUUGUCACGUUGACCUCCAGUAGAAAGGCAUCAGGGUGAGCCCUCUGGACUAAUGUGGACACGAGAGAAAGGGACGGGCCCUCCAGCAGCCGAUAAGGGAGAUGGAUAGUGCCCACCAGGUAAGCAGCAACCUCACCCCGUUGAGUGUCUUCCACCUGCACUCAUCCAUCCAUCCCACAGGCAGCAGCAUCCAUGUAGUGUCAUCGAGCGUCUGCAACCCACCCAACUCACCUUCCAUAUGAAUGGCUUUGCAUCGCCCUGCAAGCGGCGCUGACCUGAGGGCCUUCUCAGCAAGCCGUCAGCAGUUGCGAGGACAGAGCAGAGCGAGCAGAGGACGAUGGCCACUAUGCAGCGCCGCACAGUCUGCGUCACGAAUCCCGUCACCAUCUUGAGCAAAGAUCUUCUAAGGAAACCAGGUAGAGCCAACACAUGACCAUGUGAGGGGAUGAGUGGAUCAGUCUGAGUCAAAUGCGCCAUGCCUGGACAGAUUCGAAGACACGUUCAGUGCUGUGUGAGGCCGCGGGAUGAGUAGAUCGCGAGCUCACACGCGAGCUCGCACGAGAAACACGCGGAUCGCAAGGCAGUGCCACGUGGACGACAAUCGUCGAUGCCGGUGAGUGAGUCAGUAAACACGUUCUCACGAGAAACAGACUCGAGAAUGGCCAGGAAGUGAUUGAAUGACUGGGUAGAUCAGAGUGUUUGAUGAUAAAUGUGUUUUGUGCACGCAGCUGUGUGCUUUGGCCAGUGUCAUUCACACACACAGACGUAAAGAGACAGACAGUGAGUCUCUGAUUUGUCCCUCACUCUUAACUAAUGUACACAAGCAGUCCGCACAACAUGGGCAGAGCCGUCUGUCUUGCAGCUGGUGUGUUUAUCUACUCCCCGCCCGAGUUCGAGUCGCUGGAAGAUGAUGACGAAAAGUCAUCCUGGCUGAAGCCAUAGUGCUGCCACACCGCCCGACGCACACACGCCGGUAACUGACGGGCGGCGCGGACGGCCUCAUCUGUUCACGAUACGCACACAGACAGACAGGCUCACGUGUUUGUGUGCUGCUUGGAUGUGACCUGGGUGUGUCUCCACUGCCUGGCGGCACCAUUUACAGGUUGCUCGGAUCGCCUCACCCUGGUCCAUCCGCCACAUGCACAACAGAACAGAAUCAUGACAGCUACUCCAUCGAUGCAGCCGCUCGGCGUACCACUGGUGUGAGCGUAAAGCCCGUGUCAAGCGCCUUCAUGGCUGCCGUCACCUUGGACACAUCGAGGGGCUGCAACCGCUCGACAGACGGCAGCAGACAGGUGUAGCCGGUGUCAUUCUCAUUGUCGAUGACUCGGAAUCGGGGCGAUGUGUCUUUGUCCGUGCAGCCGGCCUGGAACCGAACAAUGAAGACACACACAGCUUGAUGCAUCAUAUGUGUGGGCGGGCGGCAUUUCGCCUGCUCACCACUUGCGUGAGGAAUUCUCUGAUGUCCAUUGCCUCUUCGCAGGCCUAAUGAAUGGGACACGAACACAUACAGAAAGGCACACAGCCGGCCAUGUGUCAGUGCAUCAAUACGACUGACCACAUUGUACGUCUCUAAGGCCGCUUGGCCCGAUGGCGGCUGCAUCAAUCGAGGCCGCUUCGCUGCGGGCUGGGAGGGCUCAUGCGAGGGCCGGAUUGCAUCAUUGAUGAGCGCCACGAUCACGCGGACCACAUCAUGGCUGCAACAGAGAGCGGCAUGAGCACAAUGAGUACGUCUGAACAUUGUGUGGCACACACCUGUAUGUAAUGGACAGCCUCUGCUGCUUGUAGUGCUCGGGCUGAUACAUAGAUGCCACACAUCGAUGAGUGUAGCCACAGGGGGACCGGUCGGUCAGACGUUCUCUAUCCCUCCUUGCCUCUCGUGCACAGACAGCAUCACCAGACCAGGUCUAUCGGCUCAGUGUGGCUGCACCGCACCCAGAACCAAUAGGCCCAGAAGCGAUAUGUGUUGUCAUAUGGACCUGCACACAGCAGACGGCAACAUACACACGUGCAUUGUGCGCGUGUAUAUGUGUACGUUGUCUUGAAACUUGCAUACCGAUGACGUCAGAGAGUCUCAGUGCAACUAUUCGUGGCGGCGAAUGUGGGCUCCCGUCUGCUCGCCCGCCACGCCCAUCGCACAGCCAUCUCGACAGCCACUCCUCGCACGCCAGUUUCCUCUGAUGAACACACGGAAAAUCUCUGCGUGGACGCGUGGAUCGCUGGGUUUGUAUAUUGGUUGCCUCACAUGUCCAUAUCUGUCCUUUCUGUUUAGUCGGGCCGCCUCCACCUCAUCGACUGGCCGGACAGCAUCAUCCUCACACACAUGAGACCGACCAGACCACCUGCACAGCCACAUCCAUGCCUUGGCGCAUUACAACCGACGCAAACGCAUGUGGUGAGAGGUGGGGAGGUGUGUCUUGACUGACCGCUGUGUAUCACACACCUCAUACACAGAGUCGCUGGAGAUGAACACAUACAGCUGGAAGGAUCCCUCCAGCGCCCGCAGGGAACAGUCGAUGUCAAGCGGACUGAAAGCGGAGAAGUCUACUACUGAAUGACACCAGCCAGCAACAGCAGCAACACGUCUACGGCUGUGCAUGUGUGUAGUGUUGAUAUGAACCCACCGGCAGUCCACUUCCAUUUUGCUCCGUUUGUCUGUCGCUUCUUUGCAGUGAGGUCGAUGAGGCUCUGACGGAACUCAUCCCGCCUGCAGCGGUCGGCCUUUACACGCGGCACACAGCCUCCAAAGGGAUCUGCACACAACACACGAACAGACCGUCAAGCGUCAAUUCCUCAUUCCUUUCAUCUGAUUCAUCCAUGCCGCCCGCACCGUCAGUGCCGAAGUACUUAUUGCCUCUGUUGACCAUCACAAUGUCAUGCGCGUCAUCCCUCUGCACCAAACACUCUGCACACAAACAACACAGAAGGAAUCAAUCAAACAGGCGGAUCUUGGCUGUUUGAGUCACAUCACCACCUAGGAGGCCUCUUCCGACGAAGCUCGUGCCGCCGAGGACCAGCACCGACGCCAUCGAAUCACAC